GUGCCCCCCGCCCCCCCUCAGCCCAUUCUGGUCGGGGGCGACGUGAACACCCUGGUCAAGGCCCCGGGGCAUUUCCACGGCGAGAAGGGAGGACCUGUCAAGAACAUUUUCAUGGACAAUUACCAGGUCAGGUACCCCGUCCAGAUCGGCCACGGAGCUCCAGGUCUGCAGGUCGUCACUCCAGGCAGCGUUGCAGGUCACCAGGUCGUACCUCCGGCUGGCGUUCAGGCGAAUCAGGCUUAUUUCCAGGUCGCAAGUCCACACAGUUUCCAGGUCAAGAAGCCGGAGCGCGUCCAGAUUGGGAAUCCAGGUCCGAUCCAGAUUAGAUAUCCACAGGUCCAGGUCGUGAAUCCAAGCCAAUCCCAGUUCGCGAAACCAGGCCAGUCGCAGGUCACACAUCCAAGCCAGUACCAGGUCGCGAAACCAGGCCAGUCGCAGGUCACACAUCCAAGCCAAUACCAGGUAGUGAAAGCGGACCAGUCGCAGGUCGCCAAUCCCAGCCCGCCCCAGGUCGCGAGUCCAGCGGCGCUGCAGAUCCGAACCCCGAUCCGCCUGCAGUCCAGCCCCGGGGGGAGCGAGCGACAAGCCAACGGGACCAACUAUCCCUUCGAUCUCGACCUGUCAAGUCUGGACGGUCAGUUGGCUUACCUGGUGUACCCCCAGUACGAAUCACCCCCUGAGACCACGCCCCUUCCUCCCCCUGUGACCUCCCCCAGCAGCAGCAACAUGGAGAUUCUGUACCCUCUGCUGGGCCUGGGUCAGAACCAGCUACAGAACCAGAGCCAGUCGGUUGUCAAUGAGGUUCACAGUUACCAGAACCUCGUAAUCCAACUCGCCAAUGGUACCAAUAUCACAACGGUUGUCGUCAGCAGCAGUUCGAGUAACGGAGAUGGCAACACUGGAGGAGAAAAUGGCGGAAGUGACACGAGCAUCUAUAACGGAUCCACUCAAGCUCCUGCCAGCGGAGGUUCUUCUCUCUCUGGUGGAAGCGGAGGUGGAACGGCUGGUGGAAACAGCUAGUGGAAGCGGCGAUGACGGGACGGCUAGUGGAGGCAGCGGUAGCGGGACGGCAAGUGGAAGCGAAGGUGGAGCAGUUGGUGGAACUACCGGCGGAAUCAGCUUUCUACGGUGGCGCUGCCAGUGGAAGGGACAGACGGGGGCGGCGACGAGAGCGAGCCCGUGCUUACGAGGCCGGCAGUGUACCGGUGCAACGAGCGGGGCAGCGAAAUGACGACCAACUUCGUGAACCCGUCCUACCCUUACCGGGACACAGUGGCCGGCAUCUGCAUGUUCCGGCUGGACCUGGCGCCGCGCGUCUGCCAG